ACCCCUCAUUGCAAUUACAAUUCCUAUCAUUUCCUAUAUCAUCUAAACCUUAUUUUAACAAAAUCCAAAAUGAUGAACAAGCAAUCUGUCUUGCCCUUCUCACUAGCAUUGCUAGUUUCAUUUUUAAAUUGCACCACCACUUUAGCCCAAUUAUCACCAGCUUCUGCCCCUCUCAAACCACCCCAACCUGCUCCUACCAUACCAGCUGCUGCUCCUCAGCAACCAUUGGUUCCUUCAUUGCCACAAUCACCAAGUGAUUCCACCCCUGACAGUACUCCAACUGUUGACAUUGUUGGAAUCCUGAGAAAGGCAAAGUCAUUCAACAUCCUAAUCCGCCUCAUGAAAACCACCCAAUUGAUCAACCAACUCAAUGCACAGCUCCUCACUACUAAAUCCGGAGGCAUCACCAUUCUUGCCCCAGAUGACAGUUCCUUCUCUGAACUCAAAGCUGGCUUCCUCAACUCUCUUUCUGAUGGCCAAAAGCUCGAGCUCUUACAGUUCCACGUUAUUUCAGACUACGUGUCUAGCUCCAACUUUGAUACACUGACCAACCCCGUGAGAACACUGGCAGGGGCUAAACCUGGAAAGGUGGAACUUAAUGUGAUAAGUUAUGGAGGGAGUGUGAACAUCUCAACGGGUGAGGUUAACACCACCGUCACUGGCAUUAUAUAUACCGAUAAACAUCUUGCUAUAUAUAAGGUGGGUAAGGUGCUUCUUCCUAUGGACUUCUUUGUUGUUGCCAAGGCACCUGCAAAGGCACCCUCGUUGGCACCAGAACCUUCAAGUGGCGUGGCAAAGGGGCCUAAAGCUGAUAAGGAUGAGUCAUCAUCUUCAGAUUCGUCACAGGUUAAUUCCACUGAUCAGAACUCUGGCACUGCCAAGAUGAUCAGUGCGUAUGGAAUGUGGGUGUCACUUGUUCUUGGAGUACUUCUCAUGAGUGUGAUGACAACGUAAACCAGAACCAGAAUAAGAUCAUAUAUAUCUGAAUUUUCCAACGUUGUAGCUAGUUGCUACACCAUAUGCUAUCUAUUGAUACCAAGAGUGCUACGAUGAGUUAUGUAAUUGUGAGAAAGAAGUGAAAAGUGAAAACUUGUGAUGAAUUUAUUGAAUACUGGAUCAGGGGAUCUAUUAUUGUUGUAUCUAUGAUUUUAUUCUAAAACGUACAAGAGUAUUAUACCUUGGUCGCUUCUAUAUAUCUCAAGCUUUA